AUGGCGCGGGCUGGAGCGCGGCGAGCUGCCGCCGUGAACCUGGCGCUGCGGCUGCUGCUGGGCUUCAGCCUGGGCCUGGACGCCGUCACGACCCCGACCUUGACCCCGACCUCGGCUGGCCCAUCGGCGCAGGCCCCAGGCUACGAGGUGAAGAAGAGCCACCUCCCAUGCUCACAGGUGUCCCUGAUUUUCACAAACCCCAGCGCAGGUUCAUGCCCGCCCACCAGCUUCCAGUGCCGAACUAGUGGCUUUUGUGUGCCCUUCGCCUGGCGCUGCGACAGUGACAGAGAUUGCGCAGAUGGCAGCGAUGAGGAGGAGUGCAGCAUCAAGCCCUGUGCCCAGGAAGGGCGAUGCCCACCACCCAAUGGCUGCCUGGGUGGCCCGGGUAAGAGCCCUCACAACUGCAGCCCCCGGCCCUGCCCGGCGGGUGAGCUGCGCUGCGCACUGGGCGGUGCCUGCAUCCCACGCACGUGGCGCUGCGACGACCACGCGGACUGCCCAGACUCCAGCGACGAGCGAGGCUGCGGGACUACUGAGACCCUCCAGGGAAAGAAUGUCACAUCCACCGUGGCCCCCGUGAACCUGGAGAGGGUCACCUACGUCAGCAGUACCUGGGAGCAGAAUGCGGACCCAUCUGGGGACCAGGACGUGGACCCAUCUGAAAACCAGACUGCCCUGGAAGUCAUUACAGUCGCUGCCGUGCUGAGUGCAGUCCUGGCUGUCGCCGCCCUCCUGGCACUGUUCCAUCUUGUGGGGCCGUUUCGACACAUGAGGGACAGUGGGCCCCUGCAGCUGUCAGAGAGCAAGGCCUUUCUGCUCUGA